AUGCGUUACCAAAUUCUUCCAGCUAUUGCUCUCCUUUCCAUCGGUGCUUCCGCACAAGAUCUCGGAAGCAUCGUCAAUUCGAUCACUUCGGAUGUCGGCGGCGCGUUGAGCACGGCUACUUCGGCGGUUGGUGGAGCGGUUGAUACUGUUACUUCUGGGGCUGGUGGAGUUUUUUCAACUGUUACUUCAGGAGCGGGUGGAGUUUUCUCAACUGUUACGUCUGGCGCUGGUGGAGUUUUCUCAACUGUUACGUCUGGCGCUGGUGGAGUUUUCUCAACUGUCACAUCUGGAGCAGGUGGUGCUUUUACAACUGUCACUUCGGGAGCAGGUGGAGUUUUCUCAACUGUCACUUCAGGGGCAGGUGGUGCUUUCUCAACUGCCACUUCAGGAGCAGGUGGUGCUUUUUCGACAGCAACAUCUGACGCCGCUGGAGCUUAUUCUUCAAUUACUUCUGCCGCUGCAUCCAAAUUCUCGAGCAUCCAAAGCGAUGCCAGUAGCGAAAUUUCAAGCCUGAGCUCAGUAGCAGCGACCGCUACCGAUAGUGCAGUUAAAAGCUCAAUUAGUGCGGCAAUGAGCAGUAUCAGCAGCGAUGUGGCCAGUGCAUCAUCUGACGUACGAAGUGCAACCAGCAGAGCUAGCAGCGACUUCAGUUCCGCAACAAGAAGCGCCGCGAGUGCUACAUCUACAUCCAGUUCGGGAGCUAUGAGAACACAAGUACCAAUUGCUGGAGGAGCCAUUUUGGGUGCGGCUUUGUACUUGUUGUAA